GCUGGGGGCAGGACGGGAACUCUGGGCGGUUCCCUGCCCCUCCCUGAUGUGGCUGGAGGCUGAGGUGCGGGCUGCCAGGGCAGGGUGCUGGGCCCUCCCACCACCCUCCGGCUGGGGGGGAAGGGGUGGAGCAGCGGCUUCAGGCUGCAGCCAGCAGGAAGGAACAGCCUGCUACUGCUUCCCUCUCCAGCCUGCGGUGGGUCCUGCUGCCCCCAGGGCACAGCGCCAGGAUGGCUGUUGCAGGGCCUGCGGCCUUCAACACCUUCCAGGAGCACAUGUGGCCAGUGCUGAUGGUGGAGUUCUUCCUGGCCUUUGGCGGCAACGCCUUCGCCAUCUACCGCUUCGUGGCACACGAGCGCACCUGGCACACGGGCAUCGUGUACUCCUUCAACCUGGCCAUCAGCGACCUGCUCUACGCCCUCUCCCUGCCCUUCCUGGCUGCCUACUACUACCCGCCCAAGCACUGGCGCUACGGCCUGGCCCUGUGCAAGCUCGAACGCUUCCUCUUCAGCUGCAACCUGUACGGCAGCAUCUUCUUCCUCACCUGCAUCAGCCUGAACCGCUACCUGGGCAUCGUGCAUCCGCUGCUGGUGCACGGGCGGCUGGAGCCGCGCCACGCCAAGCUGCUGAGUGGUGCCGCCUGGCUGCUGGUGGCUGGCCUCUCCGCCCCCACCCUGCACUUCUCGGCGCUGCAGCCCCGGGGGAACUGGACCGAGUGCCUGGGCAGCGCCACGGACGAGCAGCUGCCCCAGUACCUGCCCUACAGCCUCUUCCUGGCGGCCGUCGGCUGCGGAUUGCCCUUCCUGCUCACGCUCCUCUCCUAUGGCGCCAUCCUCCGCACCAUCUGCCGCAACCCCCACAUCACACGGCUGGAGAAGCGCAAGGUGGGAAGGCUGGUGAGCGUGGGGGUGGCCCUGUACGCUGUCUCCUACCUGCCCUACCACGCCCUGCGCAACCUCAACCUGCCCCUGCGCCAGCGGUGUCUGCAGCACGGGGACCUGAACUGCCGGCACGCGCUGCCCGUCCACUCCGCCUACCAGCUCAGCAAGGUGCUGGUCACCCUCAACAUCUGCGCCCACCCGCUGCUCUACAGCGCCCUGGCUGACAGCAUGCGGGGCUGGUGCCGGGCCCCCCACGGGCAGGACGGGGGCCAGCCCGCCGAGAACAUGGUGCUCCAGGCCCAGGGCUGACCCAGCCUCCGCCCCCCCCUUUGUGCUGCCGACACGUGGAACUGGGCCAGACCAUGCAGGGGGUAACAGCAGCUGCUCCAGCCGCCUGACCCAACUUGUCCCAAACUCUGGGGAGGAGGGGGGGGCAGCUCCUCCCUCCUCAGCUAGAACCAACCCCCCCUUACCCCCUAGCAAGGGCUGCUUGUGAGACCCCCCCCCGUUACCACAGCAGGGGCCUGGCUCCUGCAAGACCAGCCAUUAAAGCAGAGUCUGAGCUGGCUGCAGUGUCCUGGCGCUCUCUUACAGCACCUGGGCUGGUUGCAGCCGCACCCCCUGCAAAGCAGCAGAGCGCAGAGCCGCCUGGUUCCUGUGCCUGUCACCACGGCCCCCCCAGCAGCAGGGCCGUGGGCCCCACACACGCUGCUGACUCUGUGCCCGUCACAUGGCCACCCGGCACUGGGAUGCUGGGGGCUGAGUCAGCCCCCACUCCCGCCAGCCGCAUUGCAUAACGCGGAGCAGGUCGGCUGGCUGCCGCCAGCCCCACAUCCCCCAGCUUCCUCCCUG